ACGCGCCGCCGCCGCCGGACGAGGGUCAGUUACAGGAUGGCGGCACCCCCUUUUGCUUGAGGUACAAAAACGUGUUGAGAAGCCUUCAAGAGACCGAGAAGAAGAUGGACUGCCUGGAGGUGUUCGUGUCGCACGACUCCUACCCGCCGCAGCACGAGCUCAGCUACCUGGUGCACGAUAUCAUGCUGGUGUCGGAGGACGAGACACUGCUGCGCCGCUGUCUGCGCCUGCUCCGCGUGGUGGCCGGGUACCACGCGCCACACUCACAGGCCAUGCGCGCUGUGUGGUAUGACGCGCUCGCGGUCGACUCUGUCCCGAUCGCGUACGUGCUGGAGAAGGCGAGGGGCCGCUGCCUGGACGCCGGACUGCCAUCGCGCUGUCACGUGCCGCUCACCGAGUUCUUCGACUUCCUGGUGACGCUGCUAGAGGAGGACAUGACGGCCUGGAGCAGCAGUGCGCUCGCGGCCCGGCGGCUGCAGGGGCGGCCAGCGGGGCGCCCGCUGCUGGCGCACGUGGUCUGGCCGUGCGGCGAGCCGGGCUUCAGCCGCCACGACACGGCCAGCAUCUGCCAGUGGCUGGUGACCGCGCACGUCGGCCCGGCCGACAUGACCAUGCGGCUCUUGCUGCUGAGACUGAUGGCUAUGGCGGCCGGCCUGGUGCAGAUCAGCUCUGAACGCGAGGACUUCCCCAAAGUCAGUGAGGGCAUGAAGGAGCUGGCUAUGGAGCUGGCCAGGACCGUGGAGAACGCAGACCUGCCGCCGGCCGCUGUGGAGGAGCUGCUGUGCUCGUUGCGGCCGGCCUGGCUGUGCGCCUGGACGGCGGCCGGCUUGCUGGAGUCGCGCUACGGUCGCUUGCGGCCGGCCCAGCUGUCGCUGCAGGUGCUGGCGGACACCUACCUGAUGCCCGAACGGCGGGACGCGCGGCGGCCGUCGCCCGCCUGCACCGAGAAUGAGAACAGCUGGUCUGCCGGACCGCAGGUGUCGUUCGCGGCGAACGGCGAGAGAUCGAAGGACGUCGCCGGCGCGGCGGCGGGCCGCAAGCGGUGCAGUCAGUCGCCGCCGGCCAGUCCGGCCCGAAAGCGGCCGUUUGCCGUCAACGGAGUCGACGCGGACGACGAGCGCACGGCCCCGCGAGACGGCGCGAGCGCGCUCCCGCCGGAUCCGGACGAGGCUAGCCCGGCCGCACCGGCCGCCGCCUCGCGCGACUACUCUCUGCUGGCGCACCACCUGCUCACCGGGUAUCUGCUGCACUCGGGCGUAACGGAGUACAACGGGGAGCUGCGCUUCAUUGAGGAGCGGCUGUGGAGAUGGGUGGUGAACCGCUGGCUCCAUCCGCGCUUUGCGCGCUACAUGCGCAACGUCACGAAACUGUGA